AUGAGAAUCAGUCGCCUUGAAAGCACAAAACCGAAAAACGACAAGCGUAUCGAAACUGUGGAAGGCGUCGCUCAAGCCGUUUACAAGCGACGGAAAGACAUCGCGAGAUUCUCUGGCGCUCAAGUGGACGAAACUGGCAUCGGAAUAGGAGAGGACUCCGUGCCUGUUGAGUCAUCGGAUCGCGACUGGAUGUUCAUGCCUGUGCUCUUUUAUCUGUGCAUUCACCAUCACAGCGCUCGUCUCGGUCCUUGCAGACUUGAAAAUGUGGAGCACAAGAUUGUCAAAGGACGGAACAUGGCCAUCACGAGAGUCGUCGGUAACAGAGUUUACUUGAAGGUGAACAUCAAGGAUGAAGAACAGCUCUAUCCACUCAUCGAGUUUCUGCAGAACAAAAUCGCCACGCCUAACAACUUGCUCUUUGACGACUUUCAAUUCGACAAAAAUCAGCUAUCGAUGCGAAUCAGUCGCCUUGAAAGCACAAAACCAAAAAACGACAAGCGUAUCGAAACGGUUGAAGGCGUCGCUCAAGCCGACUCCGUGCCUGUUGAGUCAUCGGAUCGCGACUGGAUGUUCAUGCCUGUGCAUCUGGUGAAGCAUCGACGUUUUUACGCCACCAACAUCACACGUGGUGAAGAUGUUGAAGGGAAGAGCAGUUUGGCUUAUCAGGAUCUGUGCCGCCAACGAAUGACACAAGACACAGGAUCAGGACGUGGUAGUAAGAGCUCGUCGACGUCCAGCUGGUGUGAAGAAGCUGUUGCACAAUCAAGCAUUGAUAUCUCUACUGGUCAUGUGAUUCUGAAUUUCCUCCAGGAGUGCCUGGCUGAUCCAUCGAAAAUCGAAGCACAGUGGGAUGCUAUUCGUGACUACCGUAAUCCGGACAAGCAUGUCACCAUUGGUACUCAGCAUGCCAAUCGCAACAGAAGCGUCGUGCCAUUUGAUGAAAGCCUCGUCCCUGUUGACUCAUGGGAGGACGGAAAGACUGAGUAUCUGAAUGCGAGCUUCAUUUAUGACGAUGACCCGAGACAACCACGCAAACACCGCCGUGGUGAAGAUUUGGCGUCUUUCUGGCAGGCGAUUUGGCAGCAUGGAGUUUGUCUGAUCGUUAAUCUUUCCACAAUCGAAGAAUGCAAGCAGGAGAAGAGCUAUUGGCCCGAGUCCGGCUCCGAAGUGCAUGGUCCAUUUGAGGUGGUAACUUCUUCUUCAGACUCUUAUGUGCUUACGGAUUACGGUAGCACAAUUUCAUUCGGCUAUCUAAAAAUAGUUACACGAAUUGCUCGGUUGAACAGUUUGAACCCACAUUUUUUGAAGAUUCAUCUCGUCUCGGAACACAUUUGGAGCGAUGACUACCUCGUGCGUUCGUUCUACCUGAAGAAUCUUCGCAAUGGUCAGACACGUACCAUCACCCAAUUCCACUACUUAUCCUGGAAACAUGGCGAGACACCAUCUAGUCCAAAGAGUCUCAUCGAAUUCAGACGCAAAGUGAACAAGUCAUAUCGUGGUCGUGCGUCACCGGUGUUAGUGCACUCAUGGGAUGGAGCCGGUCGAACAGGUGUCUUCUGUGCUGUUGAUCUCCUAUGUGGACGUCUUCUGAAAGGUGUUCGCCAACUGGACGUCGUCGCCUCCGUCGAACAUCUUCGUGAUCAGCGAGAUGGUCUCGUGCGUACCGCCGACCAGUUCAAGCUGAUCUACGGUUGCGUCGCCCAAGAAGUGAACUCAUUGCUGAAAGCGUUACCGCAAUGA